AUGCGUUUACUGGUUGCUUGUUGUGAUGAACAGCCAAAGCAGAUUCAUGAGAUCAAGGACUUCCUUCUCACGGCCAGAAGGAAGGAUGCACGCUCUGUCAAGAUCAAAAGGAGCAAAGAUGUAGUUAAGUUCAAGGUCCGGUGCUCUAAGUACCUCUACACCCUCUGUGUCUUUGACAACGAGAAGGCUGAUAAGCUCAAGCAAUCUCUUCCCCCGGGUUUGAGCGUGCAAGACCUUUGAAGAGAUGAGCUUAAAGACAGUUUUUAGAGAGGUUUUAUCAACUGUUUGUUGCUCCAUGAAAUGACAUUGUGAUUCAUGGUUUUUGUUUGUUAACUCUUUGGAGAUUGGGCUUGAAAUUGCAGAACUAUGUAGCCAGUAUGUUGCAUGACUCGGUACAAGUUACACCAAUUGCAGUAGUGCAUUGAGUUGUUACAGUGAUCUAUUGCUCCUUUUUAGUUUCUACGAAAUUAAUGUUGAUUGUGGAACAGUGAUUAUAUUGAAAGCCUUUGUUAAUCUGGAGGAAAAUAGGGCUGUCAAGGUGUCUUACUGAUCACUGCAGUAGCAGCCGCUAAAGAAUGUUGGUCUGUGGCUGUUAACAGCCAGCGAUUGACUUAUGGCGAAUGCAGCAUAUACCUUUAACAGGU